GUUUGCUGUUAAGUGCCCGCCCAGCGGGAGCCACAGGAUUGAACCAAGGGUUCCCCUGGCCAGCUGCCAGGACAAUCUCCUCCCUGGAACGUCCUCCCGGGCGACAGCCCCGCCUGCUGCAGGACAGGGCGGGCCCGGUGGCUCAAGGCGCGGGGCCAUCGUAGGUUCAGAGGAGGCAGAGCUGAGCCAUGGGGAAGAAGCGCGACGCCAUCCUGGAGGCGCUAGAGAACCUGACGGCGGAUGAGCUCAAGAAGUUCAAGUUGAAGCUGGGAGCUGCGCCGCUGCGCCAAGGCUUUCGGAACAUUCCGCGUGGGGCGCUCGGGCCGCUGGACGCCGUGGACCUCACUGACAAGCUGGUCGCCUUCUACUGCGAAGACUACGGCGCUGAGCUCACCGCAGUCGUGCUGCGCGACAUAGGCAUGCAGGAAGAGGCAGAACGGCUUCAGGGGGUCGCAUAAAGACGGAUGAGGUUGGAAGUCAUGCAGUUUUCAGCAGAGGAGUCUAGGGCCAAGAAGUGCAGGGCAACACUUGUUUGUGUGCAAAGAAAACCCGCAGAAGCUCACCUCGACCACCAGUGGUGAGAAGACAAUGGCAGCUUCUCCACCGCGGGGACCAAGGACCAAUCCAUGCCUCCAAAACCCGCCUCCUCCCAUCCCUGAACCUGUCAUUUAUUCUUCCACAGCCCAAUAAAUGCUUCAUGACAGAUAUCCCUGGGCCUUUGUAGCCACAUACCCUCCUGUAGCUACCUGCAUGUGAUUUGCCACACGUAUGGCAUGGGCAAGCUAUGGGAAUCGCAAACCUUGGGCCGUGCACAACUAUGUGUGGGCUCUGGAAGCGUUCUCAACCAGAAAAACAAAUCUGGACUUGGGACUCGUGCCAACGUGAGCCUGCGC